UGUGUGUGUGUAUAUAUAUAUAGGAGAUUGUCAUUUUAUCCAAAUGGAGACAAGAGAUUAAUCACUGAUAACAACUACAUAUCACUCUACUUGACAAUAUGUGAGACAGAAAGUAGUCUUCCAAAUGGUUGGGAAGUUAAUGUUAACUUCUCAUUGUUUAUCUAUAAUCACUUACACGACAAUUACUUGACCUUGCAAGCUACGAGGCGUUUUCAUAAAAUAAAAAAAGAAUGGGGUUUUGAUAAAAUAGAGUCUGUUGAAAGUUUCAAAAAUGUAUCCAAUGGAUAUUUGCAUAAUGACUGUUGUGUAUUUGGAGCUGAAGUUUUUAUCAUUAAUCCUACUCCAAGCUUUGAAACUCUUUCUGUAUUUGAACGUGGAGACAUAAGUAAUCCUAUUUUCCGGUGGGAGAUUAAGGAGUUUUCUAAGAUAAUGGACAAACAUUCUUACAGUUCUGAAGAAUUUAGUUCUGGAGGAGCUAACUGGUAUUUAAGGAUCUACCCGAAUGGUAAUCGAAGUACAGAUGGAAAAUCAUUAGGAGUGUUUUUAAUGAUAGUAGAAGGCAGCUUUAAAAAUAAGUCAACAAUUUAUGCGGAGUACUCUCUACGAGUAAUUGACGAAGUUAAUUCUAAACACAAAAAGCGUUCAGUUCAACAUUGUUUCAUAUGUGGCAAAGGUGGUUGGGGUUUUUCUGAUUUUAUGUUACUAGAAGAUCUUCACAAGUCUUCAAAUGGAUAUGUCGUAAAAGAUACUGUAAUUGUGGAAGUUGAGUUCUCCGUUGUUUCACAGACUAAAGUUUCUCCCAAAUCGACUGGGAAUUGA